GCAAUAACUGUACGCUUCCUAACAAAGAGGUAUAUCGGAGAGUAUAAGUCAAAUACAGAUUGGUUUUAUCAGCAAAAAGUAAAAACAGACGACGGAAUGGCAAACGUGGAAAUUCUUGAUAUUUCCAAAGCCUGUGCGGAUAAGGAAAAUAUGGCGACUAAGGAUCAGAUAGAAUGGGCCGAGAAUUUCGUUAUUAUAUACAGCAUUUGUGACCGAAAUAGUUUCAAUUUGGCUCAACAUUAUCUGAGAUACAUAACAGCCAUUCGCGGACCCGUUUAUGUGCCCAUCAUAUUGUUGGCCAACAAACGGGAUCUGGAAGUCGGCCGACAAGUGUCUGUCGAUGAGGGCACCACAUUAGCCCUACAAUUCGGCUCUCAAUUCUAUGAGAUAUCAGCCGCAGACAGCAAUUUGGGUGUUUCGCAAGCGUUUGAAUGGCUUCUUCACGAAUCGCACAGAAUAUCUCACAAAUCAAAUAAUUCGCACCAAAAUCGAAGUCACAAACACAGGAAACUGAGUAUUAUAACCGUUUCGCGAGUGUUCAGCGCUUUCGGCCACGUAUUUGGCAAAAGUCACAACAAUAGCGACGACAACAACAACACCGACAGCACUGCGAGUCUAAUCCGACGUAAGAAUCAAACCAAUUAUGCGUUAAACACGAGGCGAAAGAUUGCAAACGUUAUGAUUCCAGUCGUCAGAAGAUCUGCUAAACCAGUGAUAUCUCUAUAGAAGAUAAUGACAAUAACAAGAAACCAUG